AUGGCGGGGCGGCUGCGGAGGCUCGGCGGCGUUGCCUUUAGGCAGCAGAAAUGGAAAAGUUCCCUCUCCACACAAGCAAAAAUGCCUCCUUGUGAUUUUGUACCUGAAAAAUAUGAAUCCUAUCCCUAUGAACGCAUGCAGAAGAUCCGUGAACAAAAUAUUGCACCUUCACUGAAAACAUACUACAAGAGGCCAUUGCUGCUGCACCAGGGGCAUAUGCAGUGGUUGUUUGAUCAUGAGGGACGAAGAUACCUCGAUCUCUUUGCUGGAAUUGUCACUGUCAGUGUUGGACACUGUCACCCGAAGGUAACUAUGGCUACCCAGAAGCAGCUGGCUCGCCUGUGGCAUACCACCAACAUCUACAUGCACCCAGCAAUCCAUGAGUAUGCGGAGAAGCUAACUUCUCUUUUUCCAGAUCCACUGAAGGUGGUUUAUCUCACCAACAGUGGGUCAGAAGCCAAUGAUUUAGCUAUGUUCAUGGCAAGGCUACACACUCGUAACUUCGACAUCAUCUGUCUCAGAGGAGGAUACCACGGUGGCAGCCCUUACGCACUGGGCUUGACAUCUCUGACUUCUUAUAAGCAUGGCGUUGCCAAUGGCUUUGGCUGUACAACUACAAUGUUACCAGAUGUUUUUCGUGGUCCAUGGGGAGGCAGCCAUUGUAGAGAUUCUCCAGUGCAAACUGUUCGAAAAUGCAGCUGUACUGAAGGUGCAUGUCUUGCAAAAGACCAGUACAUUGAACAGUUCAAAGAUACUCUGAAUACCUCAGUGCCCAAGACAGUAGCUGGAUUUAUUGCUGAACCAAUCCAAGGUGUUAAUGGAGCUGUUCAGUACCCAAGAAAUUUCUUAAAGGAAGCUUAUCAGCUUAUACGGGAAAGAGGGGGACUUUGCAUUUCAGAUGAAGUGCAGACAGGAUUUGGACGCACAGGCAGCCAUUUCUGGGGGUUUCAAACACAUGGUGUGGUCCCUGACAUCGUUACUUUGGCAAAAGGAAUUGGCAAUGGCUUCCCAAUGGCAGCUGUUGUUACAACAAAAGAAAUUGCAAGUUCCUUGGCUCAAAACCUUCACUUUAAUACGUUUGGAGGAAACCCUAUGGCCUGUGUAGCUGGAGCUGCAGUUCUUGACGCUAUUGAAGAAGAUGAUCUACAAAAAAAUAGUGAGGAUGUGGGAACAUACAUGCUGCUGGAGUUGGCUAAACUACGGGAUAAAUUUGAAAUUGUUGGAGAUGUCCGUGGCAAGGGACUUAUGAUUGGAGUAGAAAUGGUGACAGAUAAGGACAGCCGACGCCCUCUUCCAGCUGAAGAAAUCAGUCAGAUCUGGGAGGACUGUAAAGACAUGGGGGUUCUGAUUGGCAGAGGAGGGCUCUACAGUCAGACAUUCAGAAUUAAGCCUCCUAUGUGCAUUACUAAGAGGGACGUUGACUUUGCUGUGGAAGUAUUUCGUACUGCUUUACAGAGACACGUGAACAAAGCAGCUGCAAAAUAG